AUGGUUCCUCUCUUCCUGUUUCAGCCUGUUGGAGACGAGAGCCAGGCGCGGGUGGUGGAGCUGGUUGGACAGAAACCAGAGUUUGACUUCAAGCCCAGAGGCCAUUUAGAGCUGGGGGAGGAGUUGGGUCUCGUCAGGCAGAGACAUCUAGCUCAUAUCUCAGGCCACAGGUCCUACUAUCUGAGGGGAGCAGGGGCCCGACUUCAGACCGCACUGCAGAACUUUGCACUGGACACACUGCAGCGACGGGGCUUUAUCCCCAUGGUUGUGCCGGACAUGCUGAAGGGGGCAGUGUUUGAGGGUUGUGGGAUGCAGCCCAAGUCCUACAGCUCUCAGGUGUACUCACUGGACCAGGCUCGUUUCCCAGACCUCAGCCUGGCUGGGACCGGAGAGGUCGGGGUGGCAGGCUUCUUCAUGGAUCAUGCGGUGAACUGGAAGGACCUGCCUGUCCGGACGGCGUGCAGCAGCACCUGCUACAGAGCAGAGACGGACACCGGCAGAGAGACGUGGGGGCUCUACAGGGUCCAUCACUUCAACAAGGUAGAGAUGUUUGGAGUGACAGCAGACGAGACCGGAGAAGAGAGCUCGCAGCUGCUGGAGGAGUUUAUCUCUCUGCAGAAAGAGAUCUUCUCUGCACUGGAGCUACACUACAGAGUGCUGGACAUGCCGACGCAGGAACUGGGUCCUCCAGCACACAGGAAGUAUGACAUCGAGGCGUGGAUGCCUGGGAGGGACAGCUUUGGAGAGAUUUCCAGUGGGUCCAACUGCACAGACUACCAGAGCAGACGCCUCAACAUGGUGUAUGAGCGGGAGGACGGCAGCCUGCAGUACGCCCACACAGUGAACGCUACAGCGUGUGCAAUCCCCCGAACCAUCAUCGCUAUCCUGGAGACUCACCAGACUAAAGAAGGAACAGUGCGUGUCCCCCGAGCCCUGCAGCCGUAUUUGGGCCUAGAAGAGAUCGAGACGCCGAAGUAUACUCCACUGAAAUACAUCGGACCCAACCAGCACAGUCGACCACCCAGACCUGCUCCCAAGACCCGAUGACGCAAACAAAAGCUCCUGAGGGGAGGGGGGGGGGACGCUUCACACGCAACAUCCAGUCAGAACGCAGAUGUUUGAUAUGCAUAAGGAUGUUUCACACAGCGGAUGUUGUUAAUGCUCUUCGUUAAUGUAAAUAUAUUUGUCUUGUCAAUAAAGAUAAGAGUUUACUUUC